AUGAAGACGUUGAGUCUUUUGAGCGCUAGAAAAUCUGCCGAGUCUGACAGUAUCCGCUGUGCAGAAAUAAAACGUCUCUCGGCGGAAAGAGACCGGUUGUCGAAGUCCGUGGAGCAUCAUGAAGAGGAGCAACUGAGAAGGGUUCCACAACUGGGAAAGUAUGCAGCUCUUCAAAGUGCCUAUAAGCAACGGAAGGCGGUUCUGCAAUGCGAACGAUUCAUGAAAGGAGGAGCGUGUACAGGAGUCGACUAUAGUCAUUUGCUGCGAAAGAUCAUUGCAAAGGCUGAUACUACCGGAGAAUCUCCAUGUCGAUUGAACCCCGAGCAAACAUUCAUUCUUCGUUCUGCCAUUCACUUGUCAGACGGAAAUAUGAAAACUGCUAAACACAUCUUCCACAACUUUUUGGGAUACGACGUUCUCUCAAGUCGAGAAGCCGUGAACGCUAUUAAGAAUGACUUGGACACUUCCAGCAACUACAAAAUUGAAGAAGUUGAGAAAGAUAAAGAACUGGGAACGGGAAGGGUCCAGAAAGUCAGAACAAUAAGAAUCACCAUCAAAUCCAUGGAACAAGGAAUAAGAAGAAGAUUAGAAACAUUAGAUAAGCACGGUCGAUUGAUAAAUGAUGGAGAUGAUGUGAUCUUAUGUCUGCUUGGAGGCAAAGGAUCCGAUGAAACCAAACUUUGUGUUUCUUUUGAAAACACCCCUAACCCCAACUCUCCCGGCAACCUUCUUCUCGUCGUCAUGUACGAUGGCCAAGACAAUGGUACACUUGUCACCAAGAAUGUAAAAAAGAAAGUGUUGGGAGAUAUGAAGAUCGUAUCAGCUUAUCUUGGUCAUCGAGGACACUCUUCUUUCCAUCCUUGCUACGAUUGCCUCACACCAUGGUCCCUUCAUGGAACGAAAGCUCUGAAGUUGAAGUACGUGGAUUUUGCUCAGAUUCAUACUAUUCGAACUCUGAAAACAUAUGCUGGAGAUUCGAAAAGCGGCAAGAAUGGUGUAAAGAAAGGAUCGAAGCCAUUGUGUCAGGUGGAGUCAACAGAUAACGGUAUCCCAACGGUUCAUGUGGUCAUGGGACUCUUUAUUCGUUACUUCGAAAACCGUAUCAAUGGAGAAGUAAAUUCGAUGGACCGAAAAGACGAUCAAGUUGCUAAGACCCUCAGAGAGCAUAAGAAGAGCUUGGCAAAAAUGGUGGAGGAGGAAACAGAACUGCACGCCACGUUGAAGAAACUAGUCUCUGCCAGAGAUGACGCCUUCUGCACAGCGACGGCUUAUCGUCUCGUUGCACUGAAUCCUCUGGCUCAUCUGAAGACUCCUGAGCCAAUGUGCAAGUCGACAUUCUGUGUAGUCAACCAUCUACUACGAGACAGAACGACUGAUAACUAG